CUGCCGUGAGUCACCAUGGCGCAGCAAGCCGCCGACAAGUAUCUCUAUGUGGACAAAAACUUCAUCAACAACCCCCUGGCCCAGGCGGACUGGGCGGCCAAGAAGCUGGUGUGGGUGCCCUCGGACAAGAACGGCUUCGAGCCAGCCAGCCUCAAGGAGGAGCUGGGCGAGGAGGCGGUGGUGGAGCUGGUGGAGAACGGGAAGAAGGUGAAGGUGAACAAGGAUGACAUCCAGAAGAUGAACCCGCCCAAGUUCUCCAAGGUGGAGGACAUGGCCGAGCUCACCUGCCUCAACGAGGCCUCCGUGCUGCACAACCUCAAGGAGCGGUACUACUCGGGGCUCAUCUACACCUACUCGGGCCUGUUCUGUGUGGUCAUCAACCCUUACAAGAACCUGCCCAUCUACUCCGAAGAGAUCGUGGAAAUGUACAAGGGCAAGAAGAGGCACGAGAUGCCCCCCCACAUCUACGCCAUCACAGACACCGCCUACAGGAGCAUGAUGCAAGAUCGGGAAGAUCAGUCCAUCUUGUGCACGGGUGAGUCUGGAGCUGGCAAGACGGAGAACACCAAGAAGGUCAUCCAGUACCUGGCCCACGUAGCCUCCUCGCACAAGAGCAAGAAGGACCAGGGGGAGCUGGAGCGGCAGCUGCUGCAGGCCAACCCCAUCCUGGAGGCCUUCGGGAACGCCAAGACCGUGAAGAACGACAACUCCUCCCGCUUUGGCAAGUUCAUUCGCAUCAACUUCGAUGUCAACGGCUACAUUGUGGGAGCCAACAUCGAGACGUAUCUUUUGGAGAAAUCCCGCGCUAUCCGCCAAGCCAAAGACGAGCGAACCUUCCACAUCUUCUACUAUCUCCUGUCUGGGGCUGGAGAGCACCUGAAGACGGACCUCCUGCUAGAGCCGUACAACAAGUACCGCUUCCUGUCCAACGGGCACAUCACCAUCCCCGGGCAGCAGGACAAGGACAUGUUCCAGGAGACCAUGGAGGCCAUGCGGAUCAUGAGCAUCCCAGAGGACGAGCAAAUGGGCCUGCUACGCGUGAUCUCGGGGGUCCUGCAGCUGGGGAACAUAGUCUUCAAGAAGGAGCGCAACAGCGACCAGGCUUCCAUGCCCGACAACACAGCUGCCCAAAAAGUCUCCCACCUCUUGGGCAUCAACGUGACCGACUUCACCCGAGGAAUCCUGACCCCCCGCAUCAAGGUGGGGCGGGACUACGUCCAGAAGGCACAGACCAAGGAGCAGGCGGACUUUGCCAUCGAGGCCUUGGCCAAGGCCACCUACGAGCGGAUGUUCCGCUGGCUGGUGCUCCGUAUCAACAAGGCCCUGGACAAGACCAAGAGGCAGGGCGCCUCAUUCAUCGGGAUCCUGGACAUCGCCGGUUUCGAGAUCUUCGAUCUGAACUCCUUCGAGCAGCUGUGCAUCAACUACACCAACGAGAAGCUGCAGCAGCUCUUCAACCACACCAUGUUCAUCCUGGAGCAGGAGGAGUACCAGCGCGAGGGCAUCGAGUGGAACUUCAUCGACUUCGGCCUCGACCUGCAGCCCUGUAUCGACCUCAUCGAGAAGCCAGCAGGCCCCCCGGGCAUCCUGGCCCUGCUGGACGAAGAGUGCUGGUUCCCUAAGGCCACCGACAAGAGCUUUGUGGAGAAGGUGGUGCAGGAGCAGGGUACCCACCCCAAGUUCCAGAAGCCCAAGCAGCUGAAGGACAAAGCCGAUUUCUGCAUCAUACACUAUGCUGGCAAGGUGGACUACAAGGCCGACGAGUGGCUGAUGAAGAACAUGGACCCCCUGAACGACAACAUCGCCACGCUGCUGCACCAGUCCUCCGACAAGUUCGUCUCCGAGCUGUGGAAGGAUGUGGACCGCAUCAUCGGUCUGGACCAGGUGGCCGGCAUGUCGGAGACGGCGCUGCCCGGGGCCUUCAAGACUCGCAAGGGCAUGUUCCGCACCGUGGGGCAGCUGUACAAGGAGCAGCUGGCCAAGCUGAUGGCCACGCUGAGGAAUACCAACCCCAACUUCGUGCGCUGCAUCAUCCCCAACCACGAGAAGAAGGCUGGCAAGCUGGACCCCCACCUGGUGCUGGACCAGCUUCGCUGUAAUGGCGUCCUGGAGGGCAUCCGCAUCUGCCGCCAGGGCUUCCCCAACAGGGUGGUCUUCCAGGAGUUCAGGCAGAGAUACGAGAUCCUGACGCCGAAUUCCAUCCCCAAGGGCUUCAUGGACGGAAAGCAGGCCUGCGUGCUCAUGAUCAAAGCCCUCGAGCUCGACAGCAACCUGUACCGCAUCGGCCAGAGCAAGGUGUUCUUCCGGGCUGGCGUGCUGGCCCACCUGGAGGAGGAGCGGGACCUGAAGAUCACAGAUGUCAUCAUCGGCUUCCAGGCCUGCUGCCGGGGCUACCUGGCCAGGAAGGCCUUUGCCAAGCGGCAGCAGCAACUGACGGCCAUGAAGGUCCUGCAGCGGAACUGCGCCGCCUACCUCAAGCUGCGCAACUGGCAGUGGUGGCGGCUGUUCACCAAGGUCAAGCCGCUGCUCCAGGUGAGCCGGCAGGAGGAGGAGAUGAUGGCCAAGGAGGAGGAGCUGGUGAAGGUGCGGGAGAAGCAGGUGGCUGCUGAGAACAGACUCACUGAGAUGGAGACGCUCCAGUCCCAGCUCAUGGCAGAGAAGCUGCAGCUGCAGGAGCAGCUCCAGGCGGAGACGGAGCUGUGUGCCGAGGCGGAGGAGCUGCGGGCCCGCCUGACCGCCAAGAAGCAGGAGCUGGAGGAGAUCUGCCACGACCUGGAGGCCCGCGUGGAGGAGGAGGAGGAGCGCUGCCAGCACCUGCAGACGGAGAAGAAGAAGAUGCAGCAGAACAUUCAGGAGCUGGAGGAGCAGCUGGAGGAGGAGGAGAGUGCCCGGCAGAAGCUGCAGCUGGAGAAGGUGACCACUGAGGCCAAGCUGAAGAAGCUGGAGGAGGACCAGAUCAUCAUGGAAGACCAGAACUGCAAACUGGCCAAGGAGAAGAAGUUGUUGGAAGACAGAAUCGCUGAGUUCACCACCAACCUGACAGAGGAGGAGGAGAAAUCAAAGAGCCUCGCCAAGCUCAAGAACAAACACGAGGCGAUGAUCACAGACUUGGAAGAGCGCCUUCGAAGAGAAGAGAAACAGCGCCAGGAGCUGGAGAAGACUCGCCGGAAGCUGGAGGGAGACUCCACGGACCUCAGUGACCAGAUUGCUGAGCUCCAGGCUCAGAUCGCAGAGCUCAAGCUGCAGCUGGCCAAGAAGGAGGAGGAGCUCCAGGCUGCACUGGCCAGAGUGGAGGAAGAAGCUGCUCAGAAGAACAUGGCCCUCAAGAAGAUUAGGGAGCUGGAAUCUCAGAUUUCUGAACUGCAGGAAGACCUAGAGUCUGAGCGUGCUUUCAGGAACAAAGCCGAGAAGCAGAAACGGGACCUUGGGGAAGAAUUGGAGGCUCUGAAAACAGAGUUGGAGGACACCCUGGAUUCCACAGCUGCCCAGCAAGAGCUCAGGUCCAAACGUGAACAGGAAGUGAACAUCCUAAAGAAGACCCUGGAAGACGAGGCCAAGACGCAUGAGGCUCAGAUCCAGGAGAUGCGGCAGAAGCACUCGCAGGCUGUGGAGGAGCUGGCGGAGCAGCUGGAGCAGACAAAGCGGGUGAAGGCCAACCUGGAAAAGACAAAGCAGACCCUGGAGAGCGAACGCGGGGAGCUGGCCAAUGAGGUGAAGGUCCUGCUGCAGGGCAAAGGGGACUCGGAGCACAAGCGGAAGAAGGUGGAGGCCCAACUGCAGGAGCUGCAGGUGAAGUUCAACGAGGGCGAGCGAGUGCGCACAGAGAUGGCCGACAAGGUCACCAAGCUACAGGUGGAGCUGGACAACGUCACAGGGCUUCUUAGCCAGUCCGACAGCAAGUCCAGCAAGCUGACCAAGGACUUCUCCACGCUGGAGUCCCAGCUGCAGGACACUCAGGAGCUGCUGCAGGAGGAGAACCGGCAGAAGCUGGGCCUGAGCACCAGGCUGAAGCAGAUGGAGGACGAGAAGAACUCCUUCAAAGAGCAGCUGGAGGAGGAAGAGGAGGCCAAGCGGAACCUCGAGAAGCAGAUCAGCGUCCUGCAAGCCCAGGUGACCGAUAUGAGGAAGAGGAUGGAGGACGGCGUGGGGUGUCUGGAGACCUCGGAGGAGGCCAAGAGGAAGCUGCAGAAGGACCUGGAGGGCCUGAGCCAGCGCUUCGAGGAGAAGGGCGCGGCCUACGACAAGCUGGAGAAGACCAAGACGCGGCUGCAGCAGGAACUGGACGACCUGCUGGUGGACCUGGACCACCAGCGGCAGAGCGUGUCCAACCUGGAGAAGAAGCAGAAGAAGUUUGACCAGCUCCUGGCCGAGGAGAAGACCAUCUCGGCCAAGUACGCCGAGGAGCGUGACCGGGCCGAGGCGGAGGCCCGGGAGAAGGAGACCAAGGCGCUGUCGCUGGCCCGCGCCCUGGAGGAGGCCAUGGAGGCGAAGGCGGAGCUGGAGCGGCUCAACAAGCAGUUCCGCACGGAGAUGGAGGACCUCGUGAGCUCCAAGGACGACGUUGGCAAGAGCGUCCAUGAGCUGGAGAAGUCCAAGCGGGCCCUGGAGCAGCAGGUGGAGGAGAUGAAGACGCAGCUGGAGGAGCUGGAGGACGAGCUGCAGGCCACAGAGGACGCCAAGCUGCGGCUGGAGGUGAACCUGCAGGCCAUGAAGGCCCAGUUCGAGCGGGACCUGCAGGGCCGCGACGAGCAGAGCGAGGAGAAGAAGAAGCAGCUGGUCCGACAGGUGCGCGAGAUGGAGGCCGAGCUGGAGGACGAGCGGAAGCAGCGCUCGAUGGCCAUGGCCGCGCGCAAGAAGCUGGAGCUGGACCUCAAGGACCUGGAGGCCCACAUCGACUCGGCCAACAAGAACCGAGAUGAAGCCAUCAAGCAGCUGCGGAAACUGCAGGCCCAGAUGAAGGAUUACAUGCGGGAGCUGGAUGACACGCGUGCCUCACGGGAGGAGAUCCUGGCGCAGGCCAAGGAGAACGAGAAGAAGCUGAAGAGCAUGGAGGCCGAGAUGAUUCAGCUGCAGGAGGCCGACAAGGCAUCCACCCGCCUGAAGCAGCUCAAGCGGCAGCUGGAGGAGGCGGAGGAGGAGGUGCAGCGGGCCAACGCCUCCCGCAGGAAACUGCAGCGUGAGCUGGAGGACGCCACCGAGACCGCAGACGCCAUGAACCGCGAGGUCAGCUCCCUCAAGAACAAGCUCAGGCGCGGGGACUUGCCCUUUGUCGUGCCCCGCCGAAUGGUCCGGAAAGGGACCGGUGAAUGCUCGGACGAAGAGGUGGACGGCAAGGCGGACGGGGCAGAGGCCAAAGCUGCCGAAUAAGCGUCUCCUCUCCCUCCCUGAUGGACGGACAGACAACUCCACCUCCCCUUCCUAGCCCCGCAGCAUCCCCUCCCACUCUCCGGAGACAGCUGUGACCGGGCCCCCGGCCCCCUGCCCAGCCAAGAGAUCUCUGGCCCACAGAUGUCCCCCCGCCCCGCCCAGGGCACCUGGCUUAUUCCUCUGCUUCAGCCCCUUCAGGUCGCCUCCUGUCCCUCCUCCUAGAAUCUGAUACCAAAGAGUCAGCAUUCAGGCCCAGCCAGCGAGGGUGAGCAGCGGGCUUGCCAGCCCCUUCUCGCCAGGAGGCAGAGGGGCCAGUG